CCGGCUUCUUUGUGAACUCUUUCAAAAAAGACGAAAUGGCGGCGAUAAAUACAAAACUACUCAUCAGCCCUGUGCAGAGAGUUCGCUCCAAAAGUGACACUUCUGGAUUUAGGUCCAAGAUACUUCGGCUCACCACCGCAAGUUCUGUUGACGGGUUGGAGAAGACAUCACUUUCUAACUCUGAUGUGGUAAUCACAGGAUCUCAGACACCUCCACUCAAAGGAAAAGGCAAGCUUUCUUCAUUGGGAAACAUUUUUAAGCCUUGGAAAUGGAGGAAGAAGAAAAUGAGUGAAAAGUUUCAAGAAACCUCAGCAGUGUUGGAGAGAAAAAUAUCCACAAGGGAAAGUCGGGAAGAAUUAAUAAGAAGAGGUGUUCUCAGAGAAAUUCCUGAUCAAGAAACAUCAAACAGACAAACAGUGCCUAUCCGCAUAGAGCCAGUCACAGAAGAGAUUCAAGUGGACUUUGAAAUGCAGGAUUUCAAAGAGGGGAAGAAAACAUCACCAACGGAAGACAAAAAAGUCAAAUCCUCUCAACCUAAAAAAGCUGCUUCUUCAAAGCAAGUUUCACAACCAUCAUCUUCAACACCAUCAUCAUUGUUAACCUCUACAGCUCGGCAAAAAGGCUUCAAGGACAGUUCAGCAGGCAAGAAAGGCAACUCUGGAAACCCUAAGGUUCAGAAGAAACCUACAAAGCAACCAGAGCAUCAUGAAGUUCCAACAACGAACUCCCCGAAGAUUACUCCUGGACCCACUCCCAGCAGCUGCCUUCCAGAAGCGGAAGAGGCUGGUGACUCAGUCUGUAAAGAGCCUGCCGAAUCCGAACUGCUACCCAGCUCUUUACUCCGCAAACAGUCAGCUCCGGAACAGCCUUCACCUCCAGAACUGCCAGCCAAUGCCCCUCUUGACAUAACUGCUGAAGAGCCACCAAAUGGCCAAUCUGCUGUAGAAGAGAAUGCUUCAUUUCCGCCUCCAUCUGAAUCCAGUUCAAAUUCCUGUGAUCAGCUUCAGGUUGAAGAGGUGCAGGACAAUGGAAAGGAAACCAAUAGACCUCAAGCUGAAGACAAGAACAUUUCUGGGAGAAAUGAAUCUUGCUCCUCGAGUGAAGAAGUGGAAAAAUCAUCUGGUCAGGUACACCAGGUGUUUAUACUCACAUCUUCUGGGGUUACAUUGAUACCGAACAAAGAACAAGAGAACAAAGAAAAGGAAGUGAGCGAUUCUGAAUCAGAUGGUCCUGUACUCUACAGAGAUGAGGAAGAUGAGGAUGAUGAGUACACUUCAAGUUCACUUGCAAAUAAAAUUCACCGGAAAGACACUUUAGCUAUUAAACUCGGCAACAGACCAAGCAAAAAAGAGCUUCAGGACAAGAACAUUUUACCACAAACUUCAGAAGAGAAAAAACAGGAAAUCCGACAGCAACUGGUGAGGCGUCUGAGCAAAAGACCAACACCAGAACAGUUGGAAGAGCGAAAUAUCCUGAAGCAGAAAAACAAAGAGGAGGAGCAAGAGGCCAAACAAGAGCUCAAAAGAAGUCUGUCUCGAAAGCUUAGUUUAAGGCCAACAGCAGCUGAGCUUGUUGCACGUAGAAUUCUCCGGUUUCAUGAGUACGUGGAGAUAACAGAUGCCAAAGAUUACGACCGGCGAGCUGAUAAGCCAUGGACAAGGCUUACACCUGCUGAUAAGGGUAUUAAGGACACUCCCACCGUGACCUGCCCGAUGGAGAUGGUUGGGUCCGAGAUGUCCGAUCUGGACGUGGACAAGAACAGCUCACCUGAUCUAGGCAGAGGGGAUGGGGCUGCCCGAUGGUACGGGGCAGCCUGCCCUGAGAUUUCAAUAGGGUCUCCAGCAUGGUCAGCUGAGCCCUUAGUCUCUGCCAGCUCCACGAAGCGCCGCUCGGCUGAGCCUGGGCGACUGUGA